GCGGACACGCCUUUCAGAACCGGAAACUUGGUUAUGAGGAAGACGUAGCAAUCUAGUUGCCAACAGUUGCUUUUGUCAAAGUUUUACUUUCGACAUUUGUAAGACUUAAGUCUAUUAAGGUAUUCGCAAUGUCGAGUUCAUCCAGCAUCGUAGCGAUGAAGAAAGUUGUCAAACAGUUACGCCUGGAGGCUGGCAUCAACAGAGUCAAGGUGUCCCAGGCCGCCGUAGACCUGCAGCAGUUUUGUCUUCAGCACGCCCAGCAGGACCCUCUGCUCACCGGCAUGUCGUCCAGCAAUAACCCGUUCAGACCGCAGAAAGUCUGCUCGUUCCUAUAACACACACUGACCCUUUAAAGUGAGUAACACCUCAUAUACACCCCAACACACCUGUUGGUUUUAAGAGAUAUCAAAACCUUUCAAUCGUUUUUACAGCUGUUUUUUUUUUUUUUUUUUAUCUAACCCAUUGACAAAAUGUCAGUGGUUUGAUAUGUAGCAUACACUGCAAUAUUUAAAUGUAAAGAUACAUCAAUUUAUUUAUACUUUUGUCCCUAAAAGUCAUGAUUUUAUCUCCCAUUUCAAGGCCCAUCCUCUGCCUUAAUGGACACAGAAUCAUCUAAUAUCUGUUAACUUUUUACCCAUUUGGUUAUCAUUUACACUAUGUUCAGUGUUAAACACAUUAUUUAGCCUUGGUGUAGUAUUUAGAAACUUAAUAGGUAUAUGAGUUUAAACAAGGCUCAGCUGCAAUAACAUGAACUUUGUGAGGGAGCUCCUGAUGACACUGGCAGUUUGAGAGACGUAGAGAUUAUCUACCUGCAGAUCACUUUAUUUUGAUUAACACCAUUUAUUCAUGUUGUAUAAAACAUUUAAAGUUUCCUAGGAAAGUGACAUACAGUAAGAAACCACAUAUUUAUUCUCUGGCAGCACACAUAAGGACACAUUUGUAAUUGCAGGUUCCUUUCUAACUUAAAAAAAACAAACAUAUUUAGUCUUAUUUGUGAAGUUGAAUGUUUGUAUGAUCAUUUUACUCUUGUAUGCAGGUUUUGACCGUUGUGGUGCCUUGAGGAACUUGGAUGCACGAUCUGCACUGUGGACUAGAGACGUCUCAGGAUUUUGAGAACAGGCAACUAACUCAAGAGUUUUUUGUACUUUUGCUAUUGUAAAAUGUAAUACGGAAACAUUCCCUGGUGCUAAAAGCAGCAUGAUAAAUGUCCUAACUUCUUUGCUUAAAAGUAGCAGACACAUUUCAACACUUGUGCCUUUUUGAUUUUUUUUUUCCAUGCCUAAUUUUGAGAAUAAAUGGUAACUCAA